AUGUCCGGCCCUUCCUACCGGGAUCUCUCGUUUGAACACAAAGGACAGAAAGUUCAUUUUUCUCUAACCGGCCACGGAAACUUGGACUUUUUGGCAAGGAUUAGGUGCUGGAAGGAUUAUCGGGGUUUUUUUCCAGUCUUUCUCAAUAACUGGUCGAAUCGGUCACGUCUACGAAGUUCUACAGGUUCCUGAGCUCAUUGGCAAUACCUUGAGUACUCAACAUCGGGUAGACUACGAGACCAAGCAACACGUCGGCAGCGCCGAUUUAGUUCGGAUUUUUGAAGUUCUUUUAUAGAAGCAUCGAAAUUUGGAAAGAAAAAGAAGUCUUUUUGGAUUAAUUCGCUUCAUUACCAGACAAGAAUUUUUGUGACGAUUUUCGUGAGAAGAACACAAAAAUACUUUGAUGUAAGAAGCAUUUUAAGAAAAUUCGAUUGUUCAGUUCAAAAAAGUUUUCGCUUGAAUAACUGACACACUUUUUUUUUUCUCAUGAUCGCUUAAUUUUUUGUUGAAAAAAGCUCAACAUUAAAAAAACCAUAGUUAAAUCCAUAAGCGUUUCUUUAUGACUCCUCCAUAACAAUAGAUAAAUAAGUAAUUUCUUUCAAUUCCAAUGAACAAAGUUGUGAAUUCCAAAAGUUUAUUUAAUCAAGUACACCACGAGAAGAAAAAUACCAUUGAACGAAUUUCAGAACGGAGUUGAUCUUUUCAUCCGACGGCUGGUGAUCGCCUUCUCGAAGAAAGGAAUUCGUAGAAGAUUCAUCAUUGCUUUCGGUAAACAAUAUCCCCUUUUUAGAAACAAUUUUUCUAGGAGUUGAUCUUGAUGGCAUUGACCAGGAAUGCAUUGCUGAGGCCGUGUCCGUCGUCGAGAAUACCCAAUUUUUAAGUGAGAUGAUCAAUUUUUUUAUUCCAUUUUUUUAGGUAAAAAAACUGUGAUUUUUAAAUUUUUGAUCGGUAAAAGGCCAUUUUUCUUCACAGUUUGUCCCUAGUGUUAUGAAAUUUCUUGCUGAGCGUGUUGAAAUGAGUAGGUUGUGAUCAAAAUAUGACUAUUUGGGAAUUUUUUGAAAGUUCUUCAUUUUCAUUUAUGCUUACCAUAGGAUGUUUUGAAUAUUUGAGCGACCCUGAAAAAUGGAAUUUAAAAGGCCAGAAGCCCCUCUAAAUAGAGAAUAGAAGCGAAGUUGUAUAAAAUUCGAGAAAAACGCUAUUUAUAGUUCAUUUUUGAAACCAUAUCGCGGAUUUUUUUUUGACUUUCGUACCCAACUUCCAGAAAUCGUCUUCUACGAUGCCUUUCCACCGAAAAGAAGAAAGAAAAAACGGUUUUUCUGCCUCAGUCCGACUUUCCUUCACAUGUCAAAACCACCGAAAGAGCCUUACUCGACCAGAAUCUCGCGAAAACCGGCGGAAUUUCGGAGCUUUACGAUUGGCAGAGCGCCCAGACCUCGAGACCAGUGUUAGUUAUGGUUUUAAGAAAAAUAUUAGUUUUUAAAUUCAAAAAUUACAGAUUUUUAAAGGUUGUUAUUAUGUCACAUGUAAAAAUCCUGUCUCAAAUGUUUCGGAAAGUUUCAGUUUUGAACUACUCGAUGGUCCGCCGUAUGCGAAUGGAGAGGUUCAUACGGGCCACGCCAUCAAUAAAAUCUUGAAGGAUUUCAUUGUGAAGAGCAGAAUUGGAUUGGGAUAUCGGUUAGAAACUUUCAGAGAGCUCGGAAAGAAGUCGAUAUUUGCAGAGUCCGCUUCCGGCCUGGUUGGGACUGCCAUGGGCUUCCGAUUGAGCUGAAAGUUGUCAGAAAAGAGAAGGUCGCGUUAUAGUUUUUUGAAAUAACCUUUAUAAAAAAAAUUUUCUGAACUUCACUCUCGCACUUUUGUCUUUCAGUUGAUGUUUGAGGCUUUGAAACUCUUAUUUUUUCAACCAUUUGGGAUCUGAAGGUCUAAAGUUUUGCUGAGCAUAUUUUCCCCAAAGUCUUACCAAAUUCUCAAUCGGCCACCAGAAAAGAAAGACUAUUGUACUUGCAACAUUAUUUAAAUCAUAAAUCUCAGUUUCCCAUUCAAUUUCCUGAUUUUCAGGCCGCCAACGACAUCGAGUUACGAGGACUAGCACGACAAGUGGCCAACGAAGCGAUUUAUAAGCAAAUGAACGCCUUCAAGUUUCUUAUCUAGGAAUAUAGAUCGAUUAUCUGAAAUUUGAAGGCGUUGGGGCGUUUCUGGGGACUGGGAGAAGCCGUACAUCACGAUGAGCAACGACUACGUCUCGUCCCAACUUCGCGCUUUCGCGAACCUCGUCGAAAGAGGAUUCGUGUACCGAACUUUCAAGCCGGUUUAUUGGUUCGUUUUUGUUGGAGGAGUUGUUAAUUGUUAUGUCCGCAGGUAACCAGUGCAUAAGUUGUAGUUAAAAAUUCAUGAGUAACAAAAAAUUAGACCAUUUACGAUAACAAACAAGGCUGAGGGAAGAGAUCCCGAAGUUCCGGAAUCUAUGGGAUGUUCUAGAACAAAGGUAGAAUUUAGAGAGCCCUAUAGAGUUAUAGCAAGAAGUAGAACAUUCUAGAGGCUUGAAGAUCUCUUUGUAAAGAUAAAAGAAGUUUCCAGAUGAUCUCAGAGAGUUAUAGAAGAAUAUUGAAGUUAUCUGAAGUAUAGCGAGAACUGUAUAGAAGUUUCUAGAACAAACUAGAAUGACUUCUCUUUUUUUUAUCAGAAAUUUCAAAUGAACAGUUGAGCUAUGUAAUAUGUAGGAUUGAGGAGAGUUCUAAAAUUAAUCGAGACAGCUGUAUUUUUUUUUUUCAUACUCAUUCUUAUUUUCUUCGCUUGAACGGGAAGAUUUAGGUCUCCCAGUUCGCAAACUGCUUUGGCCGAAUCUGAGUUGGAAUACAACGAGAAGCAUGAAAGUACCAGCGCUUAUUUCCGAUUCAAGGUCCCGAAAUUCCAUUUUCCCUUUAUUUUUUAUUGAAAUUUCAGUUCAUCGAUCUCAACGAAAAGCUCCUGGGUGACUUGCCGAAAAAACCCACCCAAUUUUUUGCACUGGUAGCUUUUUUCGACAAUUUCUCCUCAAUUCUUGAAAUUCCUAGACAUGGACAACGACUCCUUGGACAUUGCCUCUGAACAACGCGAUUUGCGUUUCGUCCAAGUUUUCCUAUUGUCUGGUUCAAUUUGAGGAUGAAAUGAAGUUCUUCAAAUUUUUUCUGCUCGAAUAUCAAUUUUUCCCAGGAAUCCCAUCAGAGAUGUCUACGUUAUUGCCAAGGAUUUGGUGAAGGGUUUUGAGGAGGCCACGAAUCGCUCUUUGAAAGUUCUGAGCGAGAUUUCUGGCCAACAAUUGGUUGGGAAGCACUAUCGGAGCUGUUGGUAUGGUUUUGAAACAAACACUGUUUCUCGAACAUUGAAGUUUCAGUAGAGGAAUGUCAGUGUUCCAUUAUUUUUUAAAUUUGUUCUUGACUUCAAAAAAUUUUUCAGUAAUUCUUAGAGGGGAAUGAAUGUCUUCAUUCCAAAUAUAGAUAGGAGCCAUAAAUUUAGCUUUUUUAAGGUUUCAGACCGUUUCCCAAAAAAUUAUAAAACUUGUUCCAAAAAUAAUGCCGAAGCUGAAGAAACAAAAAUACUCUCCUAUUCGAAAAAUUGUUAUUUUUAUUUUAGGUACAAUCAUUCUUAUUAUAGGUACAAUGAAUUAGCGCUUCCGAUUUUGGAAGGCGGCCAUGUGACGACUAAUAUGGGCACUGGACUGGUACACACGAGUUAUGCUCACGGAUUCCAGGAUUAUCAGGUUGGGAAGUUUUUAGCGUUGUCGACGGGGCGUCCUAAGGGCACGCUGAGUUCGAAUUUCCGAAAAUGGGUGAAUCAAACUGGUUUAAAGUUGACUGGCUCUUUUGACUUUUUAACCGCAUCACGGGUAUUUCGCCCCUAGGAUGACCCGUCUCAUUCGCAUCUCUGAUCCAAGUCUUUAAACAUAUCCCUGCAGUUGGCAACUAACCUCGGCGAAAAGGUCCAAAGUUUUGUCGACGAAAAAGGCUGCUAUACUCGGAAUAUGGGCUACGAUUUGGAAGGGAAAUAUGUCCUGGGAGAAGGUCAGACGGAAGCUCUGCGACUUCUCAAGAAGGACGUCCUGCACACUUCUAAAUAUGUCCAUUCUUACCCGUAUGAUUGGAGAACGAAAAAGGUCUGUUACUAUCCAUUUUUAUCGGCUCGAAACGGCGGGCGAAGCGGACGCCAUGCGUUUUUGGCGCGAGUUCAAAUUCUCCGAAUCGUUUGGUUUUGCCUACGUCUUCGUACCGAAGUUUCGAGCUAUAAAAAUUGACUGUGUGAGCCAAAAAUGAGCUGAAUGAUGGGAAAUAUUUUUCAUUCCUUAUUUCAUUGCACUUUUGUCUUGUAUUAUUUUAACUACCUAUUUUUUACAGUAUACAGUGAAUAAGCCUAUUAUUAUUUCCUAAUUUCCUUUUUUGAAUUCAGCAACUCUUUCUAGCGAAAUCAAGAAAAAUGGCGAAACUCUUAAAUCAAAAAAAAAGAGAGUUAUAAGUGUUUAUUUUUUUCAGUACUGCAAAAGUAUGUUGUCCAGCGGUUUUUCCGCUUCAUUUUUCCCUUUUCGGUGUUUUUGCCCUCAAUAUACGGAGUCAGUUGCGUUAAAAUUAAAAUUAUCAAAGAAAAAAGUUCUGAAAAUGAAGAAAAAGAGGUAGUCCGGUGGCCGUUAUACGUGUGAUCUGAAGCUCGUGUGGAUGUAGCGAUUUUUCAGCCAGUUGUCAUUCGAAGCAGCUCCCAAUGGUUCAUCGACGUGAGCAAGAUUGGCGAGCAGGCCGCUGGUAUUAUCGAAACGACGGACGUUUCGGCUGGCGAGUCUGGUGAGAAACAGAAAACAUUCCGAAAAAAUGUACAGAGGAGAACUUUUCAGUCAUCAAUUUUGAACAGCCAGAUUUUAAAAAAAGAGAGUAACUUUAAGAGCAGGCCUUGAAUAAAAACUGUCUGAUAAAUGAAAGCUGCGAAUAUGUUUUUUUGUUUUGCUUUGUUUUUCAUGAGCAUACAUGGGCUAACCAACUACUUUUUGUGACGUCAUCACGUACCCCCCUUUGAAAAAAAGUACGUACUCCCCUCGAAAAAGUACGUACCCCCCCGCGGAUGACUAUCAAUGUGAAAUGAUUAUUAAAGUUAAUAUAAGAAUUGAAUGAGACUAUUAUCUUAUUUCGCGGGCUUUUUGGAAGUAUAUUCAGCUAGGUGUCAACACUGCAAAAACAGAAAUAUUUCAACUUUUUAGCGUAGACCCCCGAAAUCCGAAAAAUCGAUCUGUUUUUCAAUGUUAUCCUACAUUAUGAAUCGAGUUUUUAUGAUCUGGCAGAGUUUCAGACCUUCUGGAUGAGUUUUUAAGGAAAAUAGAUUUUUUUGGACCACCGGGAAGGGAUAUUUUUGAAAUUUUUAAAUUUUUUUGGCUCAAAAAUCAAUAUUAAUCUUGAGUUAACUCUAAAUAAGGUAUAUCCUCCAAAUUUCCAACCUUCCGGACGUUUUUUUGACCAAGUUACAGUGUUUCAAAGUGUUAUCACUUGACGGUUUGCGUACCCCCCGUACUCCCCCAAAAAUCCGAAAAAUCGAUCUGUUUUUCAAUGUUAUUCCACAUUAUAAAGGGAGUUUUUAUGAUCUGGCCAAGUUUCAGGCCGUUGGGAUGAGUUUUUAAGGAAAAUAGAUUUUUUUGGACCACCGGGAAGGGAUAUUUUUGAAAUUUUUGAAUUUUUUUGGCUCAAAAUCAAUAUUAAACUUGAGUUAACUCUAAAUAAGGUAUAUCCUCCAAAUUUCCAACCUUCCGGACGUUUUUUUGACCAAGUUACAGUGUUUCAAAGUGUUAUCACUUGACGGUUUGCGUACCCCCGUACUCCCCCAAAAUCGGAAAAGUCGAUCUGUUUUUCAAUGUUAUUCCACAUUAUAAAGGGAGUUUUUAUGAUCUGGCCAAGUUUCAGGCCGUUGGGAUGAGUUUUUAAGGAAAAUAGAUUUUUUUGGACCACCGGGAAGGGAUAUUUUUGAAAUUUUUGAAUUUUUUUGGCUCAAAAUCAAUAUUAAACUUGAGUUAACUCUAAAUAAGGUAUAUCCUCCAAGUUUCCAGGCUUCCGGACGUUUUUUGACCAAGUUACAGUGUUUCAAAGUGUUAUCACUUGACGGUUUGCGUACCCCCCCGUACUCCCCCAAAAUCGGAAAGUCGAUCUGUUUUCAAUGUUAUUCCACAUUAUAAAGGGAGUUUUAUGAUCUGGCCAAGUUUCAGGCCGUUGGGAUGAGUUUUAAGGAAAAUAGAUUUUUGGACCACCGGGAAGGGAUAUUUUGAAAUUUUGAAUUUUUUGGCUCAAAAUCAAUAUUAAACUUGAGUUAACUCUAAAUAAGGUAUAUCCUCCAAGUUUCCAGGCUUCCGGACGUUUUUUGACCAAGUUACAGUGUUUCAAAGUGUUAUCACUUGACGGUUUGCGUACCCCCCCGUACUCCCCCAAAAUCGGAAAGUCGAUCUGUUUUCAAUGUUAUUCCACAUUAUAAAGGGAGUUUUAUGAUCUGGCCAAGUUUCAGGCCGUUGGGAUGAGUUUUAAGGAAAAUAAUUUUUUGGGCCACAGUAGAUGUAUGAAUGUAUGCUGAUCACGAUUUUGCUAGUUUUUUUAAUUGUUAAACUUGUAUUUUUUUAUCGUUCACAUGUGUGGUAACGCCGUAGGGUGAGUUGAAAAAAAAUGAGCGUUAGGGUGAAACUUUCUCUAAAUCAAACAUGUUGUAGAACACGAUUUUUUAGGAUUUUUUGAAAAAAAAAACCGAAUAUCAUCACUCAAGCCGUUUUUCGAGAUACUGUGGCUCAAAAAAAGGGGGUACGGUCGAACCCUUCAAAAAAAUCUAUAUCUUGACAUAAAAUCGACGAAACUCUUCCAAAGUUUGUAAUAAGGUGCAAUAUAAUCUUAUUCAAUUUUUUUAAAAAAAUCUUAAACCUCAUUUUGCUCAUUAUUGCUCAUAUUACAGAGUUUUUUUAAAAACCACAAAAAAAUACUCUUUAUUGAGUCAAACAUGGAUUAUUCGAAUUUUCCAUCUAACACCCGGAAAUUCCAAAAAAACAUGUGAUUUUUGGGUAAGUUUCCCGAAUAACUUUUUUAUCUCCUGUUUUUUUGGAUUGAAACUAGCAAAAUCGUGAUCAACGCGCAUUCUUACAUCCACUAGGUCAUUUGCAAAACGAAACGAAGAAAAAAUUCAAAAUUUCAAAAUAUCCCUUCCCGGUGGUCCAAAAAUCUAUUUUCCUUAAAACUCAUCCCAACGGCUUGAAACUCUGCCAAAUCAUAAAACUCACUUGACAAUGUAAAAUAACAUUGAAAACAGAUCGAUUUUCGGAUUUUGGGGGGGUACGGGGGUACGCAAACCGUCAAGUGAUAACGCUUUGAAACACUGUAACUUGGUCAAAAAACGUCCGGAAGCCUGGAAACUUGGAGGAUAUACCUUAUUUAGAGUUAACUCAAGUUUAAUAUUGAUUUUGAGCCAGAAAAAUUCAAAAAUUCAAAAUAUCCCUUCCCGGUGGUCCAAAAAUCUAUUUUCCUUAAAACUCAUCCAGAAGGUCUGAAACUCUGCCAGAUCAUAAAACUCCCUUUUAUAAUGUGGAAUAACAUUGAAAACAGAUCGAUUUUUCGGAUUUUUGGGGGGUACGGGGGGUACGCAAACCGUCAAGUGAUAACACUUUGAAACACUGUAACUUGGUCAAAAAACGUCCGGAAGGUUGGAAAUUUGGAGGAUAUACCUUAUUCAGAGUUAACUCAAGUUUAAUAUUGAUUUUGAGCCAAAAAAUUCAAAAUUUCAAAAUAUCCCUUCCCGGUGGUCCAAAAAUCUAUUUUCCUUAAAACUCAUCCAGAAGGUCUGAAACUCUGCCAGAUCAUAAAACUCCCUUUAUAAUGUGGAAUAACAUUGAAAACAGAUCGAUUUUCGGAUUUUUGGGGGUACGGGGGGGUACGCAAACCGUCAAGUGAUAACACUUUGAAACACUGUAACUUGGUCAAAAAACGUCCGGAAGGUUGGAAAUUUGGAGGAUAUACCUUAUUUAGAGUUAACUCAAGUUUAAUAUUGAUUUUGAGCCAAAAAAUUCAAAAUUUCAAAAUAUCCCUUCCCGGUGGUCCAAAAAUCUAUUUUUCUUAAAACUCAUCCCAACGGCUUGAAACUCUGCCAAAUCAUAAAACUCACUUGACAAUGUAAAAUAACAUUGAAAACAGAUCGAUUUUUCGGAUUUUGGGGGGUACGGGGGGUACGCAAACCGUCAAGUGAUAACACUUUGAAACACUGUAACUUGGUCAAAAAAACGUCCGGAAGCCUGGAAACUUGGAGGAUAUACCUUAUUUAGAGUUAACUCAAGUUUAAUAUUGAUUUUUGAGCCAGAAAAAUUCAAAAAAAUUCAAAAUAUCCCUUCCCGGUGGUCCAAAAAAAUCUAUUUUUCCUUAAAACUCAUCCAGAAGGUCUGAAACUCUGCCAGAUCAUAAAACUCCCUUUAUAAUGUGGAAUAACAUUGAAAACAGAUCGAUUUUCGGAUUUUGGGGGGGUACGGGGGGGUACGCAAACCGUCAAGUGAUAACACUUUGAAACACUGUAACUUGGUCAAAAAACGUCCGGAAGCCUGGAAACUUGGAGGAUAUACCUUAUUUAGAGUUAACUCAAGUUUAAUAUUGAUUUUGAGCCAAAAAAUUCAAAAUUUCAAAAUAUCCCUUCCCGGUGGUCCAAAAAUCUAUUUUCCUUAAAACUCAUCCAGAAGGUCUGAAACUCUGCCAGAUCAUAAAACUCCCUUUAUAAUGUGGAAUAACAUUGAAAACAGAUCGAUUUUCGGAUUUUGGGGGGGUACGGGGGGUACGCAAACCGUCAAGUGAUAACACUUUGAAACACUGUAACUUGGUCAAAAAACGUCCGGAAGGUUGGAAAUUUGGAGGAUAUACCUUAUUUAGAGUUAACUCAAGUUUAAUAUUGAUUUUGAGCCAGAAAAUUCAAAAAUUCAAAAUAUCCCUUCCCGGUGGUCCAAAAAUCUAUUUUCCUUAAAACUCAUCCAGAAGGUCUGAAACUCUGCCAGAUCAUAAAACUCCCUUUAUAAUGUGGAAUAACAUUGAAAACAGAUCGAUUUUCGGAUUUUGGGGGGGUACGGGGGGUACGCAAACCGUCAAGUGAUAACACUUUGAAACACUGUAACUUGGUCAAAAAACGUCCGGAAGGUUGGAAAUUUGGAGGAUAUACCUUAUUUAGAGUUAACUCAAGUUUAAUAUUGAUUUUGAGCCAAAAAAUUCAAAAUUUCAAAAUAUCCCUUCCCGGUGGUCCAAAAAUCUAUUUUCCUUAAAACUCAUCCCAACGGCCUGAAACUUGGCCAGAUCAUAAAACUCCCUUUAUAAUGUGGAAUAACAUUGAAAAACAGAUCGAUUUUUUCCGAUUUUUGGGGAGUACGGGGGUACGCAAACCGUCAAGUGAUAACGCUUUGAAACACUGUAACUUGGUCAAAAAAACGUCCGGAAGGUUGGAAAUUUGGAGGAUAUACCUUAUUUAGAGUUAACUCAAGAUUAAUAUUGAUUUUUGAGCCAAAAAAAUUCAAAAAUUUCAAAAUAUCCCUUCCCGGUGGUCCAAAAAAAUCUAUUUUUUUCUUAAAAACUCAUCCCAACGGCUUGAAACUCUGCCAAAUCAUAAAACUCACUUGACAAUGUAAAAUAACAUUGAAAACAGAUCGAUUUUUCGGAUUUUUGGGGGUACGGGGGUACGCAAACCGUCAAGUGAUAACGCUUUGAAACACUGUAACUUGGUCAAAAAAACGUCCGGAAGGUUGGAAAUUUGGAGGAUAUACCUUAUUUAGAGUUAACUCAAGAUUAAUAUUGAUUUUUGAGCCAAAAAAAUUCAAAAAUUUCAAAAUAUCCCUUCCCGGUGGUCCAAAAAUCUAUUUUUUUCCUUAAAAACUCAUCCCAACGGCUUGAAACUCUGCCAAAUCAUAAAACUCCCUUUAUAAUGUGGAAUAACAUUGAAAACAGAUCGAUUUUUCGGAUUUUUGGGGGUACGGGGGGGUACGCAAACCGUCAAGUGAUAACACUUUGAAACACUGUAACUUGGUCAAAAAACGUCCGGAAGCCUGGAAACUUGAAGCAUAUACCUCAUUUAGGGUUAACUCAAAGUUGAUAAUGAUUUUUGAGCCAAAAAAAUUGUAGAUUUCAGAAAUCAUUUUUCUUAUGGGGUCAGAAGUUGAUUAUUUUUUUCAAUUUUCCAAACGGCUUAAAAUUUCAUGAGCAUGUAUAUAUCAUCCAUUGGUACCAUUUAAACUAGAAUUCAGGUCGAUUAAUCAGCUCUGGAAUUUUUUAUAAGGCUCUUUCUACGAUUCCUCUCGAUUUUUUCUACCGUUUGGAGCUAGGCAAAAAGAUAGGCAACGAAUUUCUCACUAAAUGUACUUUAAAAAGCUCGAUAAAUAAUAUGAAUGCAUUUUCCGCGGCUUAGAAAGCCAUCUGAAUGAAUAGGGGGGCCCGAAAGUGAAAAACAGCCUGUUAGCCCACGUAUGUUCAUGAGCCUUUUUUUCUAAAAUAGAUAGGAGGAACCCGUUUUAGACUGAUCUUGCUCAAGAAUAUUUUACACGAAAGGUAAUUUUUGUAAUUUUCUACAAACUCCUCCCUUUUUCCUGAUAUUAGCUUUAUAAAGAAGAUUUCUUAAUUUUAGACAUGCGGAACGCUCUGACUCAACUUGUAACGACGAGACCCUCGUGGUGCAUUUCGAGACAAAGAGUUUGGGGAACUCCGAUUCCUGCCCUCGUUGACAAGGAAGGCAAGUCCUACAUUUCCAAGGAAUUCGUCGAGAAAGUUGCCGAGAAGAUUGAACGCCAUGGAGCUGAUUUCUGGUGGAGCUGUUCUGUUGACGAUUUGUUGGAUGAGAGAGUUAGUUUCAAAGAAGUUGAAAAAUAUUUUAAUUCUUCUUAUUCUUACCCCUUUGUACCUCUUGAGUCGGCACCUCAAAUCAAAGAGGCAAGUCUGAUAUCAGUGAUAAGUGGACUGGCUCGAGUGACCUAUCCGUCCUUUUGUGUGACGGCUGGCGACUUUGAAGUCGCGGUUUUUUCCCACCACUAACAUUUCUCAAACCUCUUGGUUGGGCCGCAGCGGGGAUCGAACUUAUGACCCUUUGGACCGUAGACAGGCGCACACACUGUUGCGCUGCGCCUUGGAAAGUAUGUUUGCUGAAGUCGAUAGAGAUAUUUUCAGCUCCGAGAAAGUAUGGGCAUCGAAUGUCCAAAUGAGGAACUCGCCAAAGGCGGCGAUAUUAUGGACGUUUGGCUGGACAGCGGGUUUGCCUGGCAUUCAGCCAGGGACGCAUAUGAAGACGCCGAAAGCGAUGUACAAUCCUUGAUUUUUAAUUUUAGCAGAACAAAUAUUUUUUGAAUAAUUAUCAACUUUUUUCGAAUUUUUCUUCCCUUUUUUUUAUAGAAGUUUGUUUUAUCUAUUUUUCGAAGAUCUCAUGUUGAGCUUUUUGUUUUUGCGGUACAAUAUACAAAAUUUGAAAUAUUUCUGAGUUUGAAACUUAAUUUUCAAAGAUUCUUCCUCAAGGUCUACACUAAUGAGUCAUUUCACAAAUUUCAAACUUGCUCAAAAUUUCUUACACCGAUCAAAAUUUAUAGAAUUAUUUCAGAAUUUUGAUGAACAGGAUGAUUGUUUUCCUCGAAUAGUUUAGCUUCUCCAAUUGACCCUAGUUUUUCUAAUGUGAUUUGAAAGCUCUCAAUCUUUUAGGCUUCGGCCGACGUGGUCCUCGAAGGCGUUGAUCAGUUUCGCGGCUGGUUCCAAUCUUUGCUUUUGACGAGCGUUGCUGUGCAGGUUUCCCUCUUUUUGUGAAAUCUCAACUCGAUGAAUGGAAACCCAGAACAAAGCGCCUUUCAAACGGAUCAUUGUUCACGGGUUCUGCGUCGACGACGACAACAAGAAGAUGUCCAAGUCUAUUGGAAACGUUGUUGACCCAAACUUGGUAAGUUUCAUGGAAGAAAAAGUUUUCGAAGUUCUUUGUUUUUGAAAAAAAGAGAGAGAAGUUUGAUGUUUAAAGAAAGAAAAGUCCAAUAAAAGAUGAAAUUGAACUUUUCAAGAGGACUCAGGAAAGCUUGAACCAAAAAUACAUUCCCCCCGCCUUUACAAUCUUUUUCAGUGUUUUGAUUUCUGGUAGGGGUUUCAAUGAUUCUUAACAGGCGAAACCGUCUUUUUUCGAAAUGAGCUUUGUAAGAUGUUCAUUUCAGAGUUCAAAAUGAGCCACCAAAUGAUCAGAUGUCAAGAAGAAUUUUAUAUUCAAACAAUAAGAAGAGAAAAUCAAUGAAAGCCAAGUUUUUAAAUUUUUCUGAUAUAUCAAAGAAUACUCACCGUUUUCGAAGCUCAGAACUCUAAUUUUUAAUUCAUUUUUUUCUAGAAAAAAAGCCUAAAACAAGUAUGGUCCUCAAAGAAAUUUCCUUAAAUUCAUGAAUUCUGAUUAUCACUUUUCUUAUCAACUUUGCGUGAUUCAUUUGGAAAAGAAAACAUUAAUAAAAGGCGUCAAAAUUCUUAUCUCACUCAUUUUUUCGUGUUCCAAUGUCGCACUUCUCUGCGCAAAUGGCCAAUUAUCUCGGUCGGCUCAAUGGGCUUUCGUGACAGGGCGCACAUGUCCUGCCUUCUAGGGCACCAAGUGGAGGAACCAGUGACACAGGCCCACCUGCUCGGCCAUUUUGAAUUUUCCGCGCCUCCCUAUCUCAAAUUUCUGUUCGAAAGUAGGAGAUAAAAAUUAGAAUAUGAGACAUUCGGGAUUAAGAAAUUCGUCAUCAAAAGCGGAACAAUUAUUGGAGAUUAUGUAGGUCACCGACGGAUCGCUUCGGCAGAAAGCUCUCGGUGCCGACGGACUUCGUCUCUGGGUCUGUCUUUCUGGAUCGGAGAACGCCGGCGAGUCGAAAAUCGGCAAGAACUCCUUGCUCGACAUCGAGAAGAAGGUUUCGUGUGGCAAAAUUACAAGGAGACUGGGUUUCUUCUGGAAAUUGACCAGAAAACUGUCUGAGCUACCAAUUUAAAAUCCCGAAUAGUCAGCCUUCACGAAUUUCACAAUUUUUCGAGUAAUGAACCCUCAAAGUAGAAAAAAUUCAUCAAGAACUACAUAGUAGAAAAAAACGCCAUUCGAUUUCUAGCUUUGGACGACGCCUAAAAGUCUACCUUUAACAUGAUAAUUCCCUCACUGUGGUGUCUUUAAAGGAGCAAAGUAGGUCCUAAUAAAGUUUUUACCUCGCGAAAUUUGGUCAAUGUAGAGAAGUCAGAUAAGAAAUUAUCACAAAACCCAGGGAAAAAAUUCUUAAAUUUCGAAUAUUAUGGAAAUAGCACGGAAUAUCGUUCUCAUGGAGCAUUAAAAAGGUUCAAAGUUCUGAGUAAGAAAGUAGUUUUGAUUUUACAAAAGUCUGUUUUUUUUUCAAUACUUUCAUAAUCAGAUUGGCUCAAUUCGAAAUGUGUUCCGAUUUUUGAUCGGCGCAUCCUGGAAAUAUGAAGGCCUUCAACCUGUUGGGCCUCUGCCAAUUCUCGACCAGGUUUCUCUUUUUCAUUGCUCAUGUUAGCUUUUUUGCAGUAUGUUCUCAGCGAAAGCGCCAGUUUCCUGAAACGAUGCUCCAGAAACUACGAAAGGUUCAAAUUCAGAACUGUGGGAAAUGAUUUCAUUCAAUUCACGCAAAGAACAAUUAGUUCAAACUACGUGGUCAGCUUUUUUUUUCUCGAUUUUUUGGAGACCUUUUUCUGCAGAACUUUGUUCGCGACCGCCUUUAUUGCAACGCAAUCGGCAGCGAUUCUCAUUUGUCGGCCCAAUUUACCAACUACCAGUGAGUUCUAAUGUUCGAUUCUGACGACGGUUGGCUUCAGGUUGGCGCUGAACCUGGCCAACGUCAUCUCGCCGGUUUUGCCUCAUCUGGCUGCCGAAGUUCUCCAGAAUCUUCCUGGGAUUCAUGAGAAAAAGGUGUGGAGCAAAGUAUUUCAAUGAAUUUCAGCCAAAGUGGGUACAAUCGAGAAAGUAAAAACUAUAGAAAGAAAAUUGAUUAAAAUUCAAUUUGAAAAAUUAAAAAACCUAGAAGACACAGUGGAUUCUAAAGGAAAGUCUGAGCCUUCUUUUUUCAAGCUUUUUUUAAUCUGGCAAAAACCCUAAAUAAAAUGAUUUAUUCGGAUCAUUCCUAAUUAUGUGGUUGGCGCAUUUCUGACCUUUUCUCUAAUUACUGAAAAUGGAUCAUCGCCCAGACGUUUAUGAAAUACGCCGUAGCUCUUUUAGAGAAAGAUUCUUGAACAAAAAACCAUUUAACGUUUUUUUUUUUUCUCUCAAAUAAGUUAAAAUGAAACAAAACAAGAAUUCCUCUGAUAAAUCCAUUAAAUUUCGGAGGAAGCUGUGAAAAAGGCGCGCAAUUUGCCGUGUUACUUGUCCCGAGCCAUACCACUCAAACGAUCGAUUUUUAGAUUCUCAGACAAGGAUUUGCGGCCGACGCCUGCUGGACUCAUGAGCUCGACCCCGAGCUCAACGAAACAAUGUCUAUAAUUUCCGAGUUGAGAACACUUGUUUCCAACGCCGCCGGCCCGUCGAUAGAUAUUUCGAAAAAGGUGAGCGUGGCGACACAAAUACGCGACGCGACGCGCACACACACACCAAUGCGAAAUUUUUCAGGCUCUCGAGUUGACCUUGGCUGAGAAGGCGUUCGACGUUCUCGCGGCCAUCCAAACCGACGACGGUUUCCACUCGCAGCUCUGCGAACUGCUGAACGCGUCCCAAGUGAAGUUUUGUCGGGGCGACGUUACCACCGUCAGAAUCGACGAAAGCAGUCGCCGGUUCUGCGAACGAUGUAGACGACACACAAGACCACCCUCGGCCGCACACUGUCCACGUUGUUCUGAUGCGUUGAAAAAGUUUCGCUAG